AUGGUUACCAUCAUAGUUUGUGCUAUUCUUGUGCUUGUUGUAGCCGGCCAGCUCAAUGCCUUGUCCAAAGACUGCAUAGGUGUCGGCGGCGGUGGUGGUAGCGGUAGUUUUGACGGUGGUUCCCUAAACUUCGACUUUUAUAUCAGUAGUUGUCCGCAGGCAGAAGCCAUUAUCUUCUCCGGAGUGCAACAAGCCAUGGCGAGUGACCCCCGCAUGGCCGCCUCCCUUCUCCGCCUUCACUUCCACGACUGCUUUGUUAACGGUUGUGAUGCUUCGGUGCUUCUCGAUGACACCCCAAAUCUUGUGGGGGAGAAGACCGCCGGCCCGAACUUGAACUCGCUGAGGGGAUUCGAUGUCGUCGACGGAAUCAAGACCGAGCUAGAGAUGGCGUGUCCUGAUACUGUCUCCUGUGCUGAUGUCCUCGCCAUUGCGGCUCGAGACUCCGUCGUGCUGUCAGGAGGACCAACAUGGGUGGUGGAGGUGGGACGGAGGGACGGCGUUACUGCCAGCCUUUCGAUGGCUACCGCCAACAUCCCGGCUCCGACGUCCGACGUUGCCACCCUCGUCCACAAGUUCCAAAACCUCGGCCUCUCCACGAAGGACAUGGUCGUUCUCUCAGGUGCUCACACGAUAGGAAAGGCACGGUGCUCGUCGUUCAUAUCUCGGCUCAACGGGGGAGGCAUCGCCGACGCCGCCGCCGACCGUAUCUUCCUCCAGUCACUGCAGCAGCUCUGCGCGGGUUCCAACGGGACACUAGCCCACCUCGACUUGGCCACGCCGGCCACCUUCGACAACCAGUACUACGUUAACCUGCUGUCGGGGGAGGGGCUCCUGCCGUCGGACCAGGUGCUGGUGAACGGGGGCGGGGAGGUCGGCAGCCUCGUUCAGGCCUAUGCGAUGGACCCGGUGCUAUUCUACGAGGACUUUGCGGUCUCCAUGGUGAGGAUGGGGAGGCUGGCGCCGCCACCGGGGAGCGAGGCCGAGGUCCGCAGGUGCUGCAGGGUCGUGAAUUAG